GAAUCGGCCGCUCGGGGAGGCGCCAUUUUGAGCGAGUAGGAGACGCUGCAGGGAUACGCGCCGGCUCGGCUCCAAUCCGCCCAUCGCUCGCUCCUCGCUCUUCUCCCGAAAGUCCGGUCGCGCGACAGCAAUGGAGGUGUACAUGGAACCAGCCCAGGUACCGCAGGACGCCCUAGCGGCGGCGGCACAGCUGGAGCUGGGAGGGGCGCCGCAGACCCUGACAAUCCGACGGCCCUUCAACCCCGUCGCCCACGACCUGGACGCCAACUUCCGACUCACGAGGUUCGCCGACUUGAAGGGAUGAGGCUGCAAGGUCCCUCAGGAGGUGCUCACGCGACUCCUGGAGGGGCUGCAGGACGACGGCGCGGGGCACGAGCAUGACCCCGCGACCCACUUCAUGCACAUGCCCAUCACGCGCAUCGGCAUUGGCAUGGAUGCAAGUGUAACUCCACUACGUCAUGGUGGCCUUUCCCUUGUUCAAACCACAGACUUCUUCUACCCUCUGGUAGAUGACCCUUACAUGAUGGGUAAAAUUACUUGUGCUAAUGUACUAAGUGAUCUUUUUGCAAUGGGUGUAACUGACUGCGACAACAUGCUUAUGCUUUUGGGCGUCUCCACCAAAAUGACAGAGAAGGAAAGAGACGUUGUUGUGCCUCUGAUGAUGAGAGGUUUUAAGGAUGCUGCUCUAGAAGCUAACACAUCUGUGACAGGUGGCCAGACUGUGAUGAACCCAUGGUGUACCAUUGGGGGUGUUGCUACAACUGUAUGUCAGUCCAAUGAGUUCAUUGUCCCAGACUGUGCAGUUGUUGGUGAUGUUCUGGUGCUCACAAAACCUCUAGGAACUCAAGUAGCUGUUAAUGCACAUCAGUGGUUAGACCAGCCUGAGAGAUGGAAUCGCAUCAAGCUUGUUGUCUCAGAGGAGGAUGUUCGUAAAGCUUACCAGAGAGCUAUGGACUCCAUGGCACGUCUCAAUAGAACAGCUUCCAGAUUGAUGCACAAAUACAAUGCUCAUGGUGCUACAGACGUAACAGGAUUUGGUCUUCUUGGCCAUGCCCAAAAUUUGGCAAGAAAUCAGAAGAAUGAAGUAUCUUUUGUCAUCCAUAAUCUUCCUAUCAUUGCUAAGAUGGCCGCAGUUGCAAAAGCUUGUGGAAAUAUGUUCCAUCUUUUACAGGGAUUGAGUGCAGAAACCUCCGGAGGCCUCCUGAUUUGUCUACCCCGUGAACAGGCUGCAGCGUAUUGUAAAGACAUUGAGAAACAAGAAGGAUAUCAAGCAUGGAUUAUUGGCAUUGUAGAGAAGGGAAAUCGAACAGCCCGCAUUAUUGACAAGCCCCGGGUUAUUGAAGUUCCUGCAAAAGAAAAAGAUGGGGAACUGUGGUAGGGAAAUCCCACUUGGAAGUUGCUGAGAGAUCAUCUUCAUAUCGCACAUGUGACAAUGGAUGGAUAUAGUUAUGAUGUACUCAUUCAGUAAUUUUCACAUUUAUAUAUAGAAUACAUUGUGAUCAAUCCAUGGUUUCCAUUUUUAUAUAUUUCAACUUGCAUCACCACCAUAGUUGUUGAAGUAAAACCCUAUUUGUGCUUAUCAAAGUAGGCCUGAAUCAGUUACCCUUUGAUUUAAUUUAAUGGCCGUUGUUCUUGAAAAUUAUUUAAGAAUAAUUUUCAGUGCUUUAAAUUAACUGUUUUGUUUGAUUUCAUAUAAAGUGUAUAUUGUUUUUUAUUUAUUAUUAUUAUUUUUUUUAGGAGAAUCCUUUUUUUUUUUCCAUUCUUAAUUUUUUUCCCAUUUUUAUGGAAAUAAAAUUUAAAAGAAUUAUUUAAUUGUUAUAAGAGGUACAUUAAACAUUUUCAGUGUGCUUAUAACCAGACAACGACAUUCCUCUUUUUUUUUCUUUUUUUUGUUACCAAGGCUCAAAAUUGCGGUUGCUGAAGUGCAAGCAAUGGGCAUUUGCUCAAUUCUCUAAGAAUCUUGUAUCCAACCAGUCAAAGGACAUGGAUCAUUUACUGAUUCUUAAGAACUUCCCGGGAAUUGUAAAAGAAAACCGUUACAGUGUGACGGGUUGUGUGUAUCACUGGACCUUUGGGACUGAGACAGACGGUAGCAGGAACAGCAGGGAGAGCACCAUAUGAAGGCCAUUCACCAAAGUUGUCAUAAACAGUGAGUGGCUGGACGUUCUGUCCUUUCCCCUGUUCCUGCUGCCAUAUGUCUUCCUUGGCCUUGGGAUUUAAUAAAUUUUUUCACUUACAA